AUGGCAGACGCAGAAGCGCCGGCUGAACACGAAGGCGCCCUUGGCAUGAAAGCUGAGGAAGAGGCGACGGAGGACCAGGCCCGUAGGCAGGCUUCCAGUGCGGCCGUGGCUACGCACUCGAAGCAUUCCUCCGAUUCCGCCCCUGGAGACCGGACCACGCCUAACCCCAAAGACCAGGAAGGGAAGGGCGUGCAAGCCACAGGAUCCAGCGGUUUGCCCGAGCAGGUCGGGGCCGAAGACCUCAAGACGGCCUGGGAGGUGAUGACCAAGCAAGGAGCACCCGUGGCGUCACCCUACUUGCGUGAAGUCGCAGGCAUGAUCAGAGAGGCGAAGUGGCCCUGUCCAGCCUGGAAACCAGCUGAAGUGUCAGGGCCUGUGGUGGAGGUACGGAACAGUGCUGCCACAGAGAUGCCAGUCCUGUCUUCCGAUCUGAGCAGACAACUGCUGCGGCGAGACCUGAGGCUGGGCCAGGUGCCAACUGAGGCACAGGUCAGCCUGUUGUGGGUCAACCUCACGGUUGGCGUCGGAGGAGCGGGAGUGGGAACGAACUUCCAGGCCCUGGCGGGAACUGCAAAGGCACUUUCCACUUUGGCGAGGGACCUUGAGCAGAUUGGACAGCUGCUUCUUGUCCCGAUUGAAGUCUUGGCCCUACGGGUCAUUGCAGGAGUGGGUCUGCUGCCGUGGACUUCUGGCCCGAGUUCUUUCGUGGAACGCUUCCCAGCAGCGGACCUAUGUUGGUGGAGAACUCCAAGGCCUCCCGGCCCCGGGCAGAACUUCCCAGAGGGAGUGCCACAACCAAUCCCGCCCGGGCUUUUCAACGAGCUCCCCCCCGGCUCAACGGCACAGAGAGUGCUCCUGGCCUACAUCAUCCUGCUCUCCUUUGCUGGAGAGGUGCAGUUUGAUUUUGCAGUCCAAGUCGGUGGAGACUGGACCGCCCAGCCAAUCGGCCCCUUCCCACCCGUCGGCGCCCCUCGCUGGCGUGACUGGCUCGUCGUGGCCUGCUUCCUCCAGAAGACAGGUUCGGUGCUUGGGCAGGGACCCUCUGAACACUUCGUUGCUGCGGAGCACUUCUUCACCAACCAGGGUGGCUGGAAGCUGAGCCCACUCAGAAGGGUCGCCGACGAGAGGGCCAGACCCAACCGGGUUCAGUGGCUCACUGUCUGUGCCACCUUGGCAGAAGAGUUGCGGGAAGAGGCUCGACGGACUGCAGAAAUCCGUGCAGUCCUUGUCCUUGCCCAAGCAGCCCAGUGGUCAGAGGACAGGUGGUACCGGGACAACCAGUGGCAUGCAGGGCCAGAUCUGCCAGAGGACAUCGCUGCCGACGCCUCACACUGGCAGAUGCAGUACCUCAGCCACUGGUUGGAAGAGCGCACUGAGGGAGAGUUCGUGCUGGCCGACGCGGGGUGGCCUUCGAUCAGGCCUACCCGUUCUUCGACCAGAUUUUCGAGCUUAGAGACCCUGGUGGUGGCAGUCGAUCACCUCAGCCUGGGACGAAGACGUGCCGCCCUGGGGAGACUCAGAUUGGUUCCACCUGCAUCCCCGUGCACAGAGGCUGCGGCGGGCCGGUUUCCUGCAGGAUGCGAGCACUGCAAACAGGCUCAGAAUCACCGGGGCCUGGGGCACGGAAACCAGCCUUGGGCCUCCUACGCAGACGGCCUGAGGACGACCGUCCCACUCGAACUCGCCCCACUCCACCCAGCAGUGGUGUGGGCAGCCAGUGUCGGCAACUUGAAGUUCGUGACCGGGGCUCACACAAUCGCCCUGACGGUCGACGAGCAAGAUGAGACGACUGUUGCAGCCUGGGCCCUUCUUGCUUCACAAGCAGACAGGACGCUCUCCCAGGGCUACCUAGGUCCCUACCCGUUCAUCCCCGGGCGGGCGGAACUAGCCUGCUUUGCCCUCGUCGCUGUUGAGCGGCUCCCGGUCAGCUUCUGGUUGGCCUGGGUGCAUCAGAACACCACCUACCCGAGAGGGAACGCCGGCAACGCGGGGGCACUCAUCCAUCCCUGGACCCCUUUGCCGGUGAACCCGAACCGGGACCCAGACCUGACACUUCGGCCACAGCAAGUGCCGAGCGAUCGUGUGAGGGGAGGCGACCAGUACACCAACGACGGCGUCCUCUCACUGCCAGUGCUUGCGGCUGGACUCGGGACCUCACGCUUCUACCGCUCAGCAAUGAGGCCCCUCUACGACCCGACCGACUACUGCAACAACUUCGGCUGGAACUCCACCCUGGCCGUGGUUCCCAGAGUCGGGCUACUAGAGGAUCUCUACGUCCAGGUGUUCGUCUUUGCCCCGGUCGGGGGCACGGCCCCCGAGCGGCUGACAGCAACUUUCGAGGCGUGCAUCCCCGAACGCGCCACAGGAGGUACCGGACUUGCCAGGGCAGCGAACCAGGCUCUCAGCGACACGCUGGUGCAGCUGGUUGCCGCUGGCAGCACAGAGUGA